AGUGCGCGUGAGAUAAGCCUCUAAACUUGUCAGAAAGUUGCACUUCCAACUCGAUUCUGUAUGGUUGGAUAUAUUAAACAUCAAUAAUAAUAGAAGCGAAGAUCAUAUUAAAUUAAAAGUGGUGGAGGAAUAGGUGCGAAGUGCUGUCAUACGCAGAUUUACUUUUCUACAGGUGUUCGCGACAGGAUUCGGUGUUCGGCGGUGCUGCGGUCUGGGUAUUCCCUAUGUGCAUGCGAUUCGUUCACUCACAGCUGUGACUGUUGAACAGAGUAGACACUACCUGUUCGAAUGGUAAUUACUUGUAAUUAGAAGUCACAGACACCGGUAUACCGGGCUCAGAUCGCCCAUAAUGGAUUCCUUCUGCUCCGAUCGUAGACUUUCGGAGCUCGAGGAGAGCGACCUUGGACAGUUUUUGGACAACGAUGACGUUUUUGAUUCCCCGGCUUCACUGCAAACUAUGGGUGGGCCAUAUGGACACAUGGAAGAUGAAGAAUGGUUGAACAGACUGUUUGAAGACCCAGUGUUAAAUGACAAGAUGAUUACAGAGGCUGCUGAACUUCCCCACAUCGCAAACGAGCACAGCUACUCCAUGUCCAAGAAUGAUACCCAAGAUGGAGAAUCUGCACUCAGAAAUGACUACAAAGAAAUGGACACUGAGUUGUUCCCUGCCCAGAGCUGCAAUCCACUGGACCUGACCAUGACCACGGUAACAGCACCAACAUCAGCAACAACAACAACCACAACAAUGCCAACAGAAAAACGACAAAUGAGCCUGAUAAAACAGGAGCGACUGGAAACGGAAAUGGCGACGAAGACCCUGACUGGCGGCAACGGACAGACCCACACAUGCUAUGUGAAACAACCCACAAUCAUACUGGCCACUACAACACAGCUGGUAGAACAACAGUUCAAGCAAGAGAAGCACACCAUUCCCAAAGUCAACAUUAAGGUUGAACCACCUGAUGCCAUGGACAUCGAAUCAACAAGUUAUGAUUCCAUCCACCUGCCACCGACCCCUCCAAGCAGUGCUUCUAGUGACAGUGAAGGUGGCCUGAGCCCACGCCGCUCUCCACCUUCCAGUCCACAGAGAAUGUUACAGCCGCGUUCACAAAUGCGGCAACCUAUGCCAUCACCAUUUAUUCAGAGCACUAUUCCUCAGUCUGGAGUUUUAAUAUUAACAGAAGAGGAAAAGAGGACAUUAAUAUCAGAAGGUUAUCCCAUACCUUCAAAACUGCCACUCACAAAGCAAGAGGAGAAAAAUCUUAAGAAAAUAAGAAGGAAAAUUAAAAACAAGAUAUCAGCACAAGAAAGUAGGCGGAAAAAGAAGGAAUACUUGGAGUGUUUAGAAAAAAGAGUUGAGCAAGUGAAUGUAGAAAAUAAUGAUCUGAGAAAGAAAGUUGACAGUUUGGAAAGCAGCAACAGGUCAUUACUUUCUCAGCUGCAGAAACUCCAGAAUAUCUGUAAUAAAGUAUGCCCAUCAUCACCCACCACACAAGCUGGUACUUGUCUAAUGGUGCUUGUAUUGUUCUUCUCUGUGUUCCUGGGGAAUAUGUCCCCCACCUCCCUGAACAUAGGCUAUUCCCCUAUAGCUGCCAUGCCCAAACCAGACUUCCACUUCCAUGACAGUGUGGUAGGGCCACAUCCCAAGGAUGCUUAUGCCACUCCAAACCAACGCUCCUCGCGUGUCUUGCUUUCGAUGCAAGAAGAACAUGAUGUGGAGUCUGCAGCACAUGAUCCAAACAGCCUCCUUGCCAGUAUUGCCAACAAGUUCUUCCAUGAGGUGACCCCUGAUGAACAUGACAACACCGCAGUGGUCUUCAAUGCUGUGUCACCACAGAGUAAUGACACUGCAGAUGAGGUCAAGGUUGUGGAUCAAGCCUCCAUGCACCCGGACAUUGCAGCAGACAUCAGAGUGAUGGACCAGAGUGUCAAUGCCACGGCCUGAUUGUUGAUGGUCAGUUUUAAUGGUGCAGUGGAAUUGGUCAGCAUUUACCAACUUAGCUGACUGACCAAGAACUGUUGGACCAAAGUGUAACAUGCUUUUUGAUAUAUAUAUAUAUAUGUAUACAUAUGUAGCUGUAACAGGCAGGCAUUUCUGUAAAGAGGUUUUGAGCAGUUGCGUGGUACGCACAUAUGAUACUACAUUCUGGUUUUGAUUGUGUUGGAGAACACAUAGACUUAGAAUGUAGUUUGUAUUAUAGUGACCCACAUGGGGAAGCACAGCAGUGUCCCAGAACUGCUUCCAAGGGCAUGGGAAAAAUAACAGGUGGUGGGAUAAGGGGGUGAGGGAUCUAACUCAUAAUGAUAUCCAUAUCAUAAAAUGUUUGUUGUUGAUGUCAUUUGCAUAACUACUCUAACAGGGUUAGUUAAGUAGACUGGUUUAUGUUAUUAUAAAACCUGAUAGUGUAGUUGACUUUUUUUAGAAAAAUAAUUACUACCUAAGGACAAAAUGGU